CGCGCACAUUCUGCCCUGCGGGGACUGUGGGCUUUGCACCGCACGAUCCACCCUGCUGUUGGAGAGCAGUGGAGGAUCAAGAUUCCCAUCCUGCUCUCGACCAUUGAAGGACAUCCUGAGACCUCCCAGGACAAUGUGUGGUGGGAGCACCUGCUGCUAAAGUUCCUGCACAUGUCACUGAAGACCAUUGAUGACGAUGCCUGGAGCAGUCAGCUGAGCCUGGAGCUGCAGCACCAGACAGCCAGUUAUGCCUGCUCCUCCCUGGAGAAGAGUUUCCUAUAUAAGGCACUUGGUACCACCUUGGCCUCUUGCCAGGAUGUUGCCCAUGUGAAAUCCCAGCUCCAGAAAUCUCUGAAGAGUACAGAUUACAUGAACACUUCUGAGAGAGAGCACGUUGUGACCAUCCUGGCAUUCUCAGCCAAGGGCCACCUGGACCUCACCCUGGGCACACUGGAGGACUUCGGUGCGGCUAUGAGUAAAGUGCAGGUGUCUGGGAUAGUUGGCCGCCUGCAGGAUUAUCACCAAGGGAAAAGAGCCAGGACCCACAGGGCCUUGAUACAGGCCUACAGCCGAAUUGCUGUCCAUGCCCCCCGAACAGAGCUGCUCCCCCGCGUGGAGCAUGACAUCACCAGGAAGGUCCUGCAGUAUUACAUGACCAGCUGCCAGGUGCUUGGCAUCAACAUUGUCAAUAAGGACCCAGACUUAAAGCUGACCUUGAUACAGUCAGUCACUGAGAUCAGCCGUGCCAUCCAGGACGCAGACGACUCCCAGAGCUUCCAGUUCACUUCCAAAGAGGAGCUCCUGGGGUACAUGCUGGACUUCAUGAAAGAGGAACCAAUGGAUUCCUUGGCCUCUCCUGUUCGCCUCAGGGCUAUGCUUGCCAUUAAGCACCUGAGCAAGGUGAAACCCUCACUAAAGCCAGAUGAAAGCAGAAACAUCCUGGAUGACUGCUUAAAAUGCCUGCUGCCUCUUCCAGCUGUUCAACAGCUGAGGGAAGAGGGUGAGACCUCUCAGGACUCUGUCCAAAUACAGGCACUGCACGAGUUGUCCAUGCAGGCCUUGGGCGAGCUCAUGAGGGGCCUCCUUGAAGAAGACCCCACUGAGAAUUGGUUCAUGGAAAUGUUCCAUCUGCUUGAGCCGUGGAUCUUCUCCGACAAGGAGUGGGAGAAAGAUAGGGCCUUGCAAGCCAGCUCCCAGCUGCUUGUUGCCUAUCGGGACACAGUCUAUUGCAGACUACAAGAGCCUUUGGAGCAGUUUGGGUUCCUGCUGGGGCUGCUGGCGCCGUAUACCUGUGCCUCUCUGUCCACAUCCCGCCUGUGGGCCGCCGAAUGCAUUGUCUGCCUUCUGCAGCUACAAGACCAGUCCAGGACAAUGGAGGCAGCAGAGGAGGAGCUGAGAGGUCUCCGGGAGGAGCUCAAAGCUUCCAGCCCUGAGGCUGUGCUUACAUCAUCCUGCCAAAUGGCGAAGGUCAUUGGCAAAUACUUGCCCUCCAUCCAGGCCCUUGAUUUUGUGGGGACAAUAAUGGAUGGCAUGCUUUCUGCCAGCCCCACGUGCGCCACAGCAGCAGGCCGCUGGUUCCAUUCAAUCCUUAGGGAGAAUGGAGAUGCCCUUCUGGAUGAGGUGCCGGACAUCCUGGGCACCAUCUUUAUUCGGAUGCCAACAAUGCAGGAGAGGUCCAUGCGAAGCUUCCUUUUGGAAGGCGUUGGCAUUCUUGCUGUGUUCCACCUAGAGGCAGUGAUCACCAGCCUCCUUGCCAAGCCUCUGCCAAUGGACAGUGACACCUCUGAGCUCUGGAGGGCCUUGGGGAGGGAUGAUUUCUCCACCUGCCAUAUACUCCAGUUGCUUAUGGAGAAGAUCCAGCAUCCAGCCGGCACGGAAGGGAGCUCAUCUGAGGGCACUGCAGCCCUGGGACCUCUCGCAGCAACAUGUGCAUCCCUUGAGAUGCUGACUACAAUCCGCUCCAGCCCAGUCCUGAGGGAGCUACUCCCUGAGCUCCUCUGCGUUCUUCUAGCGCAAGUUGGCCGUACCGUGGGGCAGGACAUGCCGAUGCCCACAGCAAGCAUCCGGCGGAGGCAGCUGCAGAAGGGGCAGGCACGCACAGUGGGCAACCCUUGCAGGCUUUCUAUGGAGACCCUGGCUUGCGCUAUCGCAAAGGGCCUUGGGGAUAAAGUGGCUGCAGAGCUCUGUGAAGCAGGAACCUGGCCAUUACUGGAGAGCCCUCAGACACACCACGAGGGGGUGUGCCAGCUGGCCAGAGCUCUGCUGCUGUUGGAAAUAAUAACACCCCAAUUUAUAGGGGAGGUCCUACAGUGGACCAGUUCCACAACAGAAAAUCUGCGUGUAACUGGUACAGCCUUCAUCAGCCAGCUUGUGUGUGACCCGGUCAUUGAAGACCAGAAGCUCCUUAAGGCAGCCGUUUAUAUACUACAUCAGCGAGCCAGGGACCCAAAUAACCUUGUCCAACAAAUGGCAGCCAGAGGACUAGGCAACAUCAUGUACGGUGCCCCUGAGCAGCUGAAAAAACACCAGAAGGCCGUCAUGGAGACCCUGUUCCAGGCAUCAUUCGUGCCUACCAGGGCUGAGAUCACGGAGGAGGGCAUGCGGGCGCUCACCCGUGUCUUUAAACAUCUAGGGACAGAUGCAGGGCCCCUGGUCCAGGAUGUAGUCAUGCACAUCAGGCCCUUUUUUAACCAUGACAAUGACGGUCUUCGCGCCGUGGCUUUCUCCCUCUUCGGUGCCCUGGCAGGCUGCGUGAAAAGAAGGCAAGCCUUUUAUAAAAGGCAGGUGAGGCAGAGCCUGGGAACACUCCUGCUUCAUCUGGAGGACCCCAACCCGCAGGUGGCCAAGGAGUGCAGAACAACGCUGGGCUUGUGCUGCCCUUACCUGGGCUUAAGGAGGGUCCAGGCCGCCCUGGCCUUUCAUAUCCAGGGGUCAGAGCAGGGGAAGCAGGAACAGCUGCUGCGGGACAUGUGCAGGCAUUUGGCCAAAGAAAAACCUGCUCUUUUGGAGGAUCUCUGCCAGGCAGCUCAGAGACACUAUAUGAGCCCAUGGCCAGAAAUUCGGAUGGCAGCCGUCAAAUUUACAGGCAUCCUUAUGGAGUAUGCUGUCCCCAGGAGUGCCGGACGCAUAAAGGUUGUGCACCUGCUGAGCUCUCUGCAAGCUCUGGAACAGGACACAUCGCAGGAGGUGCAAACUAUGGCCACUCGGGUCUCAGAGACCAUUUUUAAAAGUCUUUGGGGGAGAACGCUGCAGGAAGAGAGAAACCAUGGGCGUACCCUGCCCCAUAUCACUUCUUUACUUUGUUUUGGGUGCCUAAAGCCCCGUUCCAUUUAAAAGGGAGCUCCUAUAUUUGAGUUUGAUAAUAAAUUGUGUUCUGCAUUCUUCUGGCUGUUGUUGCUUCUCUCCUCCUGAACACAGCAGAGAGAGAGGAGGGUGAAGCCUUCUAGCUUCAGGAGUGUGUGUCUGCUUGGUUUGGGCAUCUUGCCUUUUGGUGGGCAGUGAGCUGCACAUAGGUGUUACCACAUGUCAGCAAGGAGGUGGGGCUCUGCCAGGCAGACAGGGUAGGUACAGAUGUUUGGGGAGGUUAGGGGGAGGAUAGAUUGGGUUAAAUAUGGCCACCUGAUCUAACUGGACUUCUGUACAGUUGCCAGCACAGCCCUGGGGUUUGGAAAACCCAGCCACUGGCCCCAGCCCUGGGGCUGCUCUUUUCCUAGCCCCCACCCCCUGACACCAGGUUAUUUUUAGCCCCCUAACCCCUACCCCCCACACCAUGCUUGUUGACCAUCCAGCCACCCUCAACUACCAAACCCUAGACAACAGCAGUGGGGCAGAGAGCCCAGCCUGCAGCAGCAACCCACCUCUGCCCUGCACACAAAUCUAGGGGGAAUGUGCCCCCCCGGGCCUCUCCCAAGGUUUGCACAGUGGUGGGAGCCCCUCUGCACCCCUGGAUGAGCCUCGCGGUCUCCCAGCAUCCCACAACCUACCCUGGGGCCCCAUUCACCCCAGCCCCUGCCCCUGCCAGUGUCCCCAGAGAAUAAGCAUUGGCAUCUGUGUUCUUUCUGAGGGGUUUUGAAACAUGGGUAGAGCAGGCAUGAGCAGUCACAGGCUUGGGUGGGCAGGAAAUGGAUCUGUUUUACAAAUUGUCUUACAAAUAAAAAAGUGAGAUCUAAAAAUGCUUCGUCUUGUGCAUCAGGAUAAAACUGACCUGAGGAAAUGUAGUGCAGUAGUCUUGUCAUUGCAGGCUGGGAGAUCCUGGAUCCAGCUCCACCCUAGCCACAGCUUUCCUGGCUUGAAUAUAUUCUCUGAAGCUGGUACCUCUAGACAGGUUCCCUGACCCUGUGCCAGACUCAGAGACAGACUCUGGGGAGAGAUGCUAUGCAAUUCCACAUUAGAAGACAGACAGCCUUUCCAUUGAGCAUUUUGCCCAUACUGCAGAAGGGAGGCUAGCCUUGUAGACAGAGCACCGGGCCCUGCAGUCACAACUCCUGGGUCUUCUUGGUUCACAACUUAUUGGGCUAAGUACAGUUAAUUUCUGCAUACUGAGUGACCUUUUCUGGCUUGUGCUAGGCAGGGAGCCAGAGCAGCUAAUCGCAAUCAAGCCUUCCAGCCUUAAAAUCUAUUAACGGUAAAAUCUGCAGAACACGGGAUUUCUUGUCCUUUCCCCCUUUGGUGCCAAGUUCUAAGCAGUAUUACACGUGAAAGCUGUGCUUUAAAUGUCGCUUCUUCCAUUAUGAAUAUUUCAUUUUAAAAAUCAGAUAAAAUUCAGUAUCUUCCAUGUGUCAGGUAUCCAGAUUCUAGUCAUAUUGAUCUAGAGGAAAAAGCAAUCAGGACUCAUGGUAGAGGUGAUAUCUUUUAUUAGACCGACCAGACUUUUAGAAAAAAAAUACUUUAAUUGUAAGCUUUAUUGAAUUGCAAGCUUUAUUGAAGAUAUUGAAUUUUUGUUAAUUUUUUAAUGAAAUCUUCAUCAUUUUACAGGGAGGAAGCAAGUUUGACCACCUGAAACAGGAGAUCCUGCUCCUGCCUUUGUUCAAGGUAAUUUGCAUCAUCACAGAGCCUCGCCACAGAGCUCAGAGACAUCUCGCACAUAAGAAAUGCCUGCCCAGGAGAGCACCCCAUCUAUUUACUCCUCUGUGAAACACCAUAACCAGAAGGAAAUAUGACUACAUCCUGCUUACCACCAAACAACUUCAAGGUAAACCGACUAUUCCAACUUUUCUCUGAGUCUAAUCUGCACCUAAAAUGAUCUGUUCCAAACAGGAGAUAUUACCACAGCUUCAACUCUCCUAUAAAAUACGAACUUUCAUUUGUACCCAGGAGAACUUUUACAAUCUUUUCUCCAAUGCCUGAAGAAGGCUGUUUGUGCCUGAAAGCUUGCAAAUAAAGACAUUUUUUUGCAAAUAUCUAGUUGGUCUAAUAAAAGAUAUCACCUCUA